GCUGCUGGAUGUAGAACAAGGAAAACCCUCGGGGUGUAGGAAUACACAGAAGCCACACUCCGCCUUUGGCAGGUGCACAACGUAGAUAUAUCAUUAAUGAGAAGUGAUAGCCAUGCGAUAUGGUGUUUUGCAUAUUCUACUACAGACGGCAUUUUACACAAAACCAUCCCUGUCUUUUCAGCAAAAGAUAUCGCGACUGACCUAAUGCAUCUUUGCUGGAUGAUCCUUUGUCUAUCUUGGUGACCAAAGUCAAGCGACAAAAUGUCUGGUACGUACACCCCAGCUCCUGGUGGAUCCUUUUCUGCUCUCACCCCAAGCAUGUGGCCCCAGGACAUUUUAGCCAAAUAUCAUCAGAAAGAUCCUGCAGAACAGCCUGAACAACAGUAUGAUGAGUUUGGCUUCAGGAUAGACAUUGAAGACGAUGGGGAACCCAAAAUAAGAUUGGGCACUGAAGGCUCACCCCAGUGUGAAGACCCCCAGCAGCGGCUCCGCUGGCAAGCACAUUUGGAGUUCACCCAUAACCACACAGUGGGGGACCUAACCUGGGAUCUAAUCGAUCCUGUCCUUCCACGGUCCGAGCGUCUGCGGUCCUUGGUCCUCGGUGGCAUACCUCACAGCAUGAGGCCACAGUUAUGGAUGCGUCUGUCUGGAGCACUGCAAAAGAAGAGGACCUCUGAAAUUUCCUACAAAGAAAUCGUCAAGAACUGUUCUAAUGAUGACACCAGCACAGCUAAACAAAUUGAAAAGGACCUGUUACGGACUAUGCCAACCAAUGCAUGUUUUAGUACUCUUAAUAGCGUCGGAGUCCCAAGACUUAGACGGGUCCUGAGAGGCCUGGCAUGGCUCUACCCGGAUAUUGGCUACUGUCAGGGAACUGGCAUGGUUGUUUCCUGCUUGCUGCUCUUUAUGGAAGAGGAGGACGCAUUAUGGAUGAUGUGUGCUUUGAUCGAGGACCUCCUUCCUCCAUCUUACUUCUCCUCCACCCUGCUGGGCGUCCAAACAGAUCAGAGGGUUCUCAGGCAGCUCAUUGUUCAGUACCUGCCUGCUCUGGACCGCCUCCUCCAAGAGCAUGACAUUGAGAUGUCUCUAAUCACGUUGCACUGGUUUCUGACAUCAUUUGCCAGUGUGGUUGACAUCCGUCUGCUUCUAAGGAUCUGGGAUCUGCUCUUUUAUCAGGGCUCGGUUGUGCUCUUCCAGGUCACACUGGGUAUGCUGAAAAUUAAGGAGGAGGAGCUUAUUUCAUCAGAGAACUCUGCAUCUAUUUUUAACACCCUGUCAGACCUACCAAGUCAGUUAAAAGAUGGGCCUGCAGUUCUAGGAGAGGCUAUGAGGAUAGCAGGGACGCUAACCCAGGAAACUCUGGAGGCUCAUCGUCACAAGCACCUUGCUUAUAUUCUCAAUGAGCAGGCACAGCUGAACAACGGCAACAAUUCAACAAUCAGUACAAACCUCAACAAGGUGGUGAGGAGGCAGUCGCUGCGCAGGAAGUCCACACUGACAUCUCUGCUGUUUGGGGAAGAUGAGGCUGAAGCCCUGAAAUCCAAAAAUAUUAAGCAGACUGAGUUGGUGGCUGCUCUAAGGGAGGCUAUAACUCGUACUGCAGAGCACUUCCACUGUCUAGACCCCCGGCAUUCCAACACUGACCUGACCCCAGAUUACUCCAUGGAGAGCCACCAACGAGAUCAUGAAAACUUUCUGGUGGUGUCUCGUAACAGACGGAGACGGGCAAAGGCUUUGCUGGACUUUGAGCGUCACGAUGAUGAUGAAUUGGGCUUCCGAAAGAAUGACAUCAUCACUAUCAUCUCACAAAAAGAUGAGCACUGUUGGGUCGGGGAGCUCAAUGGCCUUAGAGGUUGGUUUCCAGCCAAGUUUGUCGAGAUUCUGGAUGAAAGAAGCAAGGAGUACUCGCUAGCAGGAGAUGACUCAGUGACAGAGGCGGUGACUGACCUUGUCAGAGGAACUCUGUGUCCUGCUCUGAAGGCCAUCUUUCAGCAUGGAUUAAAAAAGCCCUCCAUACUUGGAGGGCCUUGCCAUCCAUGGUUAUUCAUAGAGGAGGCAGCUAGUUGUGAGGUGGAAAGGGACUUUAAUUCUGUCUACUCCAGACUUGUGCUUUGCAAAACAUACAGGUUGGAUGAAGAUGGUAAAGUUCUUACACCAGAGGAGUUGCUCUACAGAGCAGUGCAGUCUGUAAACAUGAGCCAUGACUCUGUUCAUGCUCAGAUGGAUGUCAAGUUCAGAUCUCUUGUCUGUGUUGGCCUUAAUGAGCAGGUGCUUCAUCUGUGGUUGGAGGUGUUAUGCUCGAGCAUGGCUGCUGUAGAGAAAUGGUAUCAUCCAUGGUCAUUCCUUCGCAGUCCUGGUUGGGUGCAGAUCAAGUGCGAGCUCAGGGUUCUGUCAAAGUUUGCCUUCAGUCUCUCUCAGGACAGUGAGCUGCCCGACAAAAAAGUGAAAUCUGCUAUUCUGAAAGCAGAAGUUAUGGAUGUGCUGGUUCAGCAUCACCUGUUUAGUUGGGAUCUCUAGGAGAAGGAGCAAAAACCACUAAAAGAAGGGGUGCAGGAUAUGCUGGUGAAACAUCAUCUCUUUAGCUGGGAUAUCGAUGGCUGAACACAGCUUUACCCCAUGAUACGCUGGUGUAGAUUCUCAGUCAUCCUGGACGUAUCAAUCUGAAGUGCUUCAGUAGAGAUCAUCAGGACCUCUGCUGUUUCUUUGACCUCUCAGCUAAACAAUAUUUUUCAUUCUGAAAAUAACUUGAAGCAUCGGGCUUAUAAAUGUUGUCAGAACAACUGCAUGUUUCUUCCAACCGUGUUCAGAUCUGAAUUAUGUGUAAGAGACUAAAUGUCUUUAAGAAACUAAAGAGGUCCAUUUGCUUUCUACUUGAGCAGUGGGCUGCAUUCUAGUUUGUGUUUCAGCUACUGGUUGCAAUCCACAUCUAAUUUAAAAACAUCUUCUCCCGUUGGUCAUGAGCGCCAAAGUAACGACUGAAACCCAGUAAUGUUCAUCUGUUUUGUACAGACUAAAGUUUGGUGCAUACUUUAUUUCUCUUUGAAUCCUGCAUCAGAGGUUAUGCCACAAGACAAAACUUCCAUGUUGUACAGAAUAAUCUGUACUAGUAGAACCUGUUAACACUAACUUCUGUGGAUAAAUUACAAGUGCAAAACCCAUAACUGAUCAUCUAAAAAAUGUUUUAAAAUGACCUUCACUUCCCCAUGCUGUCAACUCCUACAUUUUAGUACCAAAAAGGAACAUUCCUAAUCAUAAGUCUGUAAAGAGAAACUAUUUUUGAAUGUUACUUUCUUCAGUACUCUAAAAUUCAUUAAACAUGUCAGAUUACUGUCUUGUUUCAUGUGCCAGGUCAGCCACAGAUCAUGAACUGUGUCUACUACCUUAAUAAGGGUAGUACAAAACGCACUUGUAUCAUUUAAAAUAAUGUAGCUACUUUUUGUGUUACAUCAUUACAUGUUACAAUAAAAUAAUAUAUAAUGAAUACUUU